CAUCUGUGUGUGGGGGACACUUAGUCACCGUGACAACUCCAAUAUUGAUAGUGCAUUUGAUUUGAAUAGGGUAUUGCAUCACUAACUGGCUAGUGACAAAGAGCUGAACUGAUUCCAAAGCUUGCGUACCACACCUCCAGAGUGUGGUUUAAACCACAGUGUCCAGACAUAGACCGGCCCUUGUUAUUAAGCCCCGGCAUUCAAUAGUCAAAUCAGACUGAAGUUGGAACAGAGAGACGGCCAAGCUAAGAUGGACGGAACGUCAGCUCAGUGAUCUGAAACAACUCUUUCCAUUAAAGUCCAAAGACAGAAGCUCAUCCACGCAUCCUGGUGAAUGUUCAGCGGUGAAAGAAGGCAUCCCACUCCAAUCUCACCAUGGACUGGAAGACGUUAGAGGCCCUGCUUAGCGGGGUCAAUAAAUACUCCACCGUAUUCGGACGCAUCUGGCUCUCCGUGGUCUUCGUGUUUCGAGUCAUGGUCUUCGUCGUGGCCGCGGAACGUGUCUGGAUUGACGAUCAGAAAGACUUUGACUGCAACACCCGCCAACCCGGCUGCGCCAACGCCUGUUACGACCACUUCUUCCCUGUCUCCCACACCAGGAUCUGGGCACUCCAGCUCAUCUUCAUCACCUGUCCCUCUUUCAUGGUCGUGAUGCACGUAGCGUACCGCGAAGAACGCGAGCGCAAGUACCGCAUCACACACGGUGAGAACGCCCGUCUCUACGACAACACAGGACAGAAGCACGGAGGACUCUGGUGGACAUAUCUCCUCAACCUCUUCUUCAAGACGGCCAUCGAGGUGGCGUUCCUCUACCUCCUGCAUCUCAUCUACAACAACUUUGACCUGCCGCGACGCGUCAUAUGCGACCUUUGGCCUUGUCCUAACCAGGUGGAUUGCUACAUCGGCCGGCCCACAGAGAAGAGGGUGUUCACCUACUUCAUGGUAGGGGCGUCGGCUGUUUGUAUAGUGCUAAACGUGUGUGAGAUCUUUUACCUGAUAGCCAUCCGGGUGCUGAAGAUCAGCCACCGGGGAAGCCUCCAUGCCUCCUCCAAGAAGAGGUGCUCUGAGCCGGACUGGGAUGUGUGCCAGACACCGGCGGCAGACUACCAGAAGGGCAACGAGGCCGACUUCACCACGGAGGACAAGAAAACAUCUAUCUUUUAAGUCAGACAUGAAACUUUUUACAAUCAAAGUUUUAUUUGACGAAAAUCUUUAUUGACUAAAUGUUGUGAACUGAAUUCGACUUUAUGAUUAAUGUAUCUUAGCCAAAUUCAUUGGAAUUUAAAUGUAAUUGUUUUAUCCGAAUAUUUUUUGAUGAAGCCAGUGGGUGGGCAGCCCUUGGUCUGUACACUCCCCUGCCAGGGUGUAAGAAGAUCAGAGAAACAAGUUUCUCUGUCAGAUCUGCCUAUUAUACCAAAGAGAAACCGUCCCCUGAGCCGAAGUCUUUAAAAACAUGUGUUGUGUUAAAUUCUGCUCCAACUUAAGAUGUGGUCCCUCAUUGUUUUUGGAUGAAAACUAAUGCUGAGCGAUAAGUGCUUUUUUUUUAAGGUUGGUUUGGUUUAUUAUGAAAUAAAGCUUUUCAAUGUAAAUUCCAAAGCAAAAAAAUCAUUCAAAACAUUGAAAAUAUUCCCUUGUCUCUGUCAGAUCCACAUUGGGUAGACAUCAAUAGGAAAUUACUAUAAAAUAAUAGAAUAUUUCAA